GGCUUCGCUUCUCUCUAUAUCCUCUUGGUUAUUGCUUUUUAUCGUGGAUUUUAUUAAAGGCCGGUGGAAAAAAAUGAAGGGAGGGUGGAAAAUGGACGCUCGGCUGUUACAGGGAAAAUGGCGGCGGCAGACAGCGGGAGUUCUCUUUAGUUUGCAGGAGGCUCUUAAUUCAGAGGCAAUGAUACAAUAAACCAACGAGUCCGCAUCAUUUAUGUAUGUAUGUUUUCAACGGCUGCCUUUGGCUGCGUCAGAAAGGGAGGGGCUUAUAAAGGCCCAGCCCAAAAGCAGCUUUACGUAUAUAUAGAUUGCGAAAUGUUACGCGCUGGUCUUUGUUGUGGAUGUUGAGUGAGCCGCGGCACUUCCGGAACCUUCCGCGCUUUGUGGCGCAUUUAUAUUUCAGGUGCUGAUGUCUCACUGGCCAAUGCGCUGACCUCGAGAAGAAUUUUGUUUUUCCAUACUCCUAUUAACAUUGUAUCAUGUUGGGCUAAACCCCUACCCGAGGAAGGGGACAUCUUUCUUAGGGACGUAGUGCUAACUUCUACCACCACCAAUGCACACUUAUAGUAUAUACUCAAAACACAGUAUUUAUGGCAUUAGUAGAUUACAGAACAUUUCAUUCAAUUAAAGGUACAGUUGUGUUUAGAAUAAUAGCAGUCCAACAUAACUAACCUGAUCCCUGCCUUUGGUAGAAAUUCUAUUUUUAUGUGGCAAAUAAUUUACUAGUAGGUUUGUUCAAAAUAAUAGCAGUGUGAGGUCAUUCAUUCUUUGAAAAUUCAGGUGUCCAUUACGGCCCUUAAGGAAGGGAGGCAGCAAGUUUUGUGCAUGCUGGUUGUAGUUCAUUUCUCUGACUAAAAUGGGUCGUUCCAGACAUUGUUCAGAAGAACAGCGUACUUUGAUUAAAAAGUUGAUCGGAGAGGGGAAAACAUAUAAAGAAGUGCAGGAAAUGAUAGGCUGCUCAGCUAAAAUGAUCUCAAAUGCUUUGAAAUGGCAACCAAAACCUGAUAGACGUGGAAGAAAAAGGAUAACUACCAUUCGAAUGGAUAGAAGAAUAGUCAAAAUGGCAAAGACUCAGCCAAUGAUCAGCUCCAGGAAGAUCAAAGAAGGCCUAAACUUACCUGUGAGUGCUCUUACAAUUAGAAGACGCCUAAGUGAAGCCAAACUAUCGGCAAGAAGCCCCCGCAAAGUCCCAUUGUUGAAAAAAGGACAGGUUGACUGUUCCAAUUUGCCAAAGACUGGCCUAAAGAGAGAUGGCGUAACAAUUUGUAGACUGAUGAAAGCAAAAUUGUUCUGUUUGGGUCUAGAGGCCGCAGACCAUUUUUCAAAGGACCCCCAAACACUUAAUUCAAGCAGCAGUACACAGUGAAGACAACGAAGCAUGGUGGCACAAGCAUCAUGAUAUGUUGAUGUUUCUCUAAGGUGUUGGGCCUAUUUAUUGCAUACCAGGGAUCAUGGAUCAGUUUCAUUACAUCAUGUUGCCUUAUGCUGAAGAUGAAAUGCCCUUGAAAUGGGGGUUUCAACAAAAUAAUGACCCCAAACAUACAAGUAGAGUAUCAUCUUGGUUCCAGACCAACAAGAUUUACAUUAUGGAGUGACCAACUCAAUCCUUGGACCUUAAUCCAAUUGAAAAUUUGCGGGGUAUCCCCAAAAUGCUGUUUCUGGGCUGGAAUACAUAUUCACAAGUGCCAGAAGUUGGUGGACUCCAUGCAACACCGAUGUGCAGCAGUUUUUAAGAAAAACUGCUUUUACAAAUAAGUAUUAGUGCAGUCAUUCAAAGGAAAGCACAAUCUUGAAACAUUUUUCAGUUUAUACAGUGACUAAGUUUGUAAAGAAGAAUGUAGACACUACAAUAUUUUUUUUUUUUUUUUUUUUUUUUGUGGAACACCCAAUAUUCUUCACUUUCCAUAAAGGAAUAACAAGUGUUCUAUAUUUUUCUUUUUUUUUGGAAUAGAAUGUACAUUUGUGUGUAUGGAAAUAAGUGAUUAUAAGGAUUUUGACACAAUGCUAUUAUUCUGAUAAUGAAUCAAAUAAAAUAUCUUCACACUGAAGAGCUUGGAUUUUACUAUUCUACGUGACUUGUAUAAAAGAUAGACUAAGGAAAACAGUGUAGGUAGAAGUGAGUGCUGCCGGUGUUGUGUGCAUGCUGCCAGAAGAUUGUGCUGGCUAAGUAUACGUGGUUUUAGUAUUGCUGCCAAUCACACUGUAACUUUGUGCAUGGACGUUGUGAUAUUGGCUUUACAUUCACUGCAGGUUUAGAAUUAGAAGAGCUUUUCACUAACAUCAAUCAGAAUAGAAAUCCUAACUGAUGUAUAGCACUGACCAACACCCUAAGAAAGAUGUCCCCUUCCCUCUCCCCUUCACACACCAUGGCAAAUGAGAUUUUGGACCGAAACCCAGAACUUGCUAAGUGGGUGAGAACAAACCCAAGCACGUGUAAAAUUACCUUGGACGUCUCAUGUGAACUGUAUCGGCUCUCCACAUUUAGUGCCUUUCCAAGCAACGCACAGGUGUCUGAGCGGAGCCUUGCAAAAGCUGGAUUUUAUUAUACUGGUCCAGAUGACAAGGUCAAGUGCUUUACCUGUGGUUUGAUGCUUGAUAAUUGGAAGAAAGGUGACAAUGCAUUUGAAAAGCACAAAAAAUUGUAUCCCAGCUGUAGUUUUAUGCAGAAUGUCCCACUGGUGAAUCUUGGUGCAUCUUUGCAUUCUGCCUUCUCACCACCUGCCUCCAACAGUACUCCCUUGCCCUCUGCUUCUUCUCAGAAUAACAAAGUUGAGGUGAACAGCUUUCCCCAAGAUCCAGUCGCAUUAAGAAGCGUUGAGGAUCCAUCACAUGUCUGGUCUAAUGAAUACAUGUAUACAGAAGAAGCCAGGCUUAACAGUUUCGUAGAGUGGACAAACACGUUCCCUACUCCUUCUGAACUUGCAAAAGCUGGCUUUUACUUUGUUGGGCCCGGAGAUAAAGUUGCUUGCUUUACCUGUGAUGGUACAUUGAGCAACUGGGAGCCAAAUGAUGUUGCCAUGUCAGAGCACCGACGACAUUUUCCCGAUUGUCCCUUUGUGAAGACCUCUAUUAGGGUUUCCUCAAGGUUCAGCGUUUCAAAUGUCAGCAUGCAGGCCUCCUCGGCUCGACUCAAAACCUUUGUCAGUUGGCCGCCUAGGAUUCCCGUGAGUCCAACGCAACUUGCAGAAGCUGGAUUCUACUAUGUUGGCAGGAAUGACGAUGUUAAGUGCUUUUGCUGUGAUGGAGGGCUUCGUUGCUGGGAGGCUGGAGAUGACCCAUGGGUUGAACAUGCAAAAUGGUUUCCCAGAUGUGAGUUUUUGUUGCAUAUAAAAGGUCAAGACUUUGUCCGUGAGGUUCAAGAAAGAUAUCCACAUCUUCUUGAUCAGUUGCUCUCAUCUUCCGAAAACCAAAAUGAAGCAAAGAACACUCCCAUUAUUCGCUUGGGAACAGAGAAUAGCCAGGAAGAUGAAAUUAUGAUGAGCACUCCCAUGGUUCAGACUUGCUUAGAGAUGGGAUUUAAUAGAAGAUUAGUGAAACGAACCAUUCAGAGUAAAAUUUUGACAUCUUCAGAGAAUUAUAAUCAGCUUGAUGAUCUAAUAAGUGACCUCUUGAGUGCACAAGAAGAACAGACUGAGGAAGAGCGAAACAGACAGGCAGAAGAAAACUCAUCGGAUGAUAUCGCUGUAAUUCGGAAAAGCAGAAUGGCUCUGUCACAGCACAUUGCUAGUGGAAGCAUUCCGAUCUUGGAUUAUCUGCUGUCGUCUAAUGACAUCACCACUGCUGAAUAUGAAGCCAUACAAUUGAACACACAGCCUAUUUUGCAGGCUCAAGAAAUGAUAGAAACUAUAAUAACUAAAGGAAAAACAGCAGUUCAGACACUACAAAAUUGUCUGCAGAAACACGAUCCAAAUCUCUUCAGGCAACUAUUCACUGAACAGUCUCUGAAAUGUAUUUCCUUAGAUGAUAAUUCAGAUUCAAGUAUGGAAGAACAACUAAGGAGGCUGCAGGAAGAAAGAACCUGUAAAAUAUGUAUGGAUCAGGAGGUUUCCAUCGUCUUCAUACCCUGUGGCCAUUUGGUAGUCUGUAAGGACUGUGCCCCUUCUCUCAGGAAGUGCCCAAUAUGCAGAGGCACAAUUAAAGGCACUGUUCGGACAUUUCUUUCAUGAACCGGUACGGUGAUCAUUCAACACAGCCAUCUUGAUUGCUUUAAGAGAAUGCAGUUAUAAUACAACGACCUUUAUAAAAGGACGAAUACAUAUAAUGGACAUGGUUUAGUAUGGUUCAUUAAGUAAUGUGUUUGAAUAUAUUAUAUGUAGCUCUUCUAGCAGAAUAACAGCCUGUGCUUGCAUAAUUGUAUAACGUUUCUCUGUAGAGUGUAUGGGGGAAAAAAAUGAGUUGUCUCUACUAUGCAGAGUUGCAUUAGGGCCCAACUUGUCUAAUCAUGAGUCCAUAACAAUAUGAGGCCAAGCCCUAGUGGGUGAAUAUCCAUUCUGGCCUCUUGCUAGGGGAUUCCUAACACAUGAUUGGGUUUACACUACUGUCCAAGGGAUAACCGAUAUUCCAGAUGGGUGACAGCUGCAGCAAGAACAUGGCAGGCAUUAAAGUUGCUUGUAUACUGCAACACAACUUGCUUGUAUAUUCAACAACUUUUGGCAGAUGGAUUCCUCUGCUGUGCCCAUUGUCACGUUAUUUUGGCUUUCCUUAAAACUAGAGAUAUCCAUAUUCAUUUAGCCAAAAUCUGAAUUUUCGAGGAAGGAAUCCUAAUUUUCUUAUUCGAAUUGUCAAAAAAAAUAAAGCAAAUCCAGAAUUUGGUUUAUCCCUACUUAAGUCAGAAACUGCAAUUACUAUACAUAUGUGUAUUAAACAACGUGCAGUUUGCUUAUAUCCAUGUAUAUUACUGACCUACUUACUGCAAUAAUCAUAACAAGGGAAGUCUAUGGUUUAUCCUAAUAAGAUUUGACUGUAAAUAAAUUUAGUUGUCAAUAUUGCUAUUGUG